AUGAGUUGCCAUGGUGACUUUCCCAUUCCUUCCCCUUUCCCUCCCUUUCCCUUCCAUUCCUUUCCCUUUCCCUCCCUUUCCCUCCCAUUCAUUCAACUUCCCUCCCAUUUCCUCCCAUUCCUUGCCCUUCCCUCCGCUCCCCUCCCCUCCCCUUCCCUCCCCUUCCCUCACCUCCCCUCCACUCCCCUCGCCUCCCCUCCCCUUGCCUCCCCUCCACUCCCCUCCCCUCGCCUCCCCUCCACUCCCCUCGCCUCCCCUCCCCUCCCCUCCCCGCCCCUCCCCUCUGCUCCCCUCCCCUCCCCUCCCCUCCCCUCCCCUCCACUCUCCUCCCCGCCCAUUCGGUGCACAUCUCUCCCCCACCCGCCAGUGUCGUCUCUAUAUAGCCAGCGCCACUCCGCCCCGCCUCUGCGAGUGUGGGAGAGGCGCCUGCGUAGCGGCGCACGAACAGAAUCGAGACUCCCCUUACGGGUCCUUAUGAUUCCCACUUUGUUCUGUUUCCCUUUCAUGGUUGUGCGUGGGAGCAGCAUGCUCAAACUGCAAGGUCCCUAA